AUGAACCCAUAUGUGACGAACCCAGACGACAUUCCACCUUUUGAUCUGUAUGCGGACCUGCCGCUUUAUGGUCGAUAUCAUCCUCAACCGUACGAUUUCCAUAUCAACUGUCAGCAUAUCAGCUCUCAGUCUAUAGAAUCAUUGAACUACUGGGCUUCAGUUGUUGAUCUUUGCAAUGAAUCUGUGAGAAUAUAUCCGGCUGAGGAGGGUGCUCGCGACGUGUUCGCCCUUGGUAGCAUUAUUAUCAAGUCGAGCCACCUACAUACGCAAGGGAGCGCCAAGUAUACGAAGACCGACUACUCUUACGCGGACGCGAAUGAGGUCAGGGCAAUUGCUAUUGCGAAGAACGUCUUGAACUGCGUUAAAGUUAGAGUGCCCGAGAUUUACUUUGCAGGGAAGAUCAAUGGCCGCCACGUACUGAUCCAGGAAAGGCUCCCAGGCGUUGCAUUGACCGUUGCUUGGCCGUACCUUUCGCAAGCCCAAAAAGAAUCUUUCAAACAGCAAGCACGAGAAAUUCUCCAACAUCUACACUCUAUCAAGCCUACCGAUAGAUGUCAAACUCGCUCUUACGUCGUGCCUGAUCCUAAUAUACGUAAUAACGGCCGUAUCCAACCUCUAGAAUGGGAUGUCCUCUUCUCGGACGCCAAUACCGAUCCAGACAUGAGCUUCAUGCAUAACGACCUUACUGAUUCUAACUUGAUAGUUCAUGAUAACAAAAUAGUGGGACUCAUUGACUGGGAAAUGGCCGGGUUUUUUGGCUGGAAGACUGCUGGAUAUGUUCAUCGUACGCUCAGGCCACAUGAUAAUUGUUUUUGGGAGGAUCUUUAUGAACAUGACAUCCCUGGUCUUUGA